CUCCAUAACUCCCAACAGCGAUAAUCUAGGUCACAGAACUUGGUAAUGCUCCGUAGGUGGAUGUCGUGACAGAAAUGGCAGCUGAAUCGAGUAAACGCGGAGAACAGAAGGGGGAGUCUGCGUUGGUGAAAACAUAUCUAGUUGCUUACAAUGUCUCUCAGAUGCUCGGGUGGUUGAUACUGUUUGUGAUUGCUGUAUCUCAGACGGUGUCCGGGAAUGUGCAUGGACUGUACAGGGCAGUGGAACCAAUUCUGAAGAUCUUUCAGACAGCUGCAUUUUUAGAGGUCCUGCAUUGUGCAGUUGGCUUUGUGAAGUCCAAUGUUACACUGACAGGCUUCCAGGUGUAUUCCAGAGUCUUCUUGCUGUGGGGGGUCAUCCAUUCUUUUCCAGCAACUCAGAAUGGCCAUGGGGUUGCAGCUCUCCUAUUUGCCUGGUCCAUCACAGAGAUUAUUCGCUAUGGAUACUAUUUCUUCAGCUUAUUGGGGCAGGUGCCCUAUUUCCUGGUGUGGUGCAGAUACACCUUCUUCAUCGUGCUGUAUCCGAUAGGAGUCACUGGAGAGCUGAUGACCAUCUGGACAGCACUGCCAUAUGCAGAGAAACUAAAGCUGUAUAGUUUCGAGUUGCCAAAUACACUCAACAUGUCCUUCAGCUACUACUACUACCUCUGGUUCAUCAUCUUCGCCUACAUCCCAGUGUUUCCACAGCUGUACAUGCACAUGUUGACACAGAGGAAGAAGAUUCUGGGGCGUCGACCCAAGACCGACUAGGUCCAGGUGUAUCCACGAUCUCAUUUCAUUAUUCUUUUUACUCCGAUACAGCAAUAAAGAUUUCUACAUUUAUGAUACAAAUGAGAAAAAUAUUCAAACAAGUAUAUCUGAUCUCUAUAUAUCAAAAUUCCAAGUUGAUUGGUCAGUUCCAUAAUGUAAAUAAUAAAGGCCAUGCCAUUAUGUUGGUGUGGAUACUUAAUGCCUAAGGACUAUUUGUGCUCUGUGUGGGUUUGCUUUUGUUGAGCUCUUAAUUCCAGGGUGUAGAGAUAUAAAGACGAAUCAUUGUAGAAAGCUGAUAUCUGAUUGGCAUCUACAUCUGAUAUCCCUCGGCAGGCUUUAUUUGAUGGGGGUCAAAGUUCCCGCAGGAUAACCUGUGACAGCAUCCUCAUAUCUUCAAGCAAAGACGUUUCUUAUCAGAGUAACAUUGGGUAUCUUAAUGAGAUCGGAUGUGGCUGCUUAUAGGAGGAGAGGGACACACAGGAGAGGGACAAGAGAAAGUAGUUGUCGGGAGAGGUAUACCAAUAUCAGGCAUUUAUCUAGGAAUCAAUAUAAGUUAGGGAAUCUGGUAAAAUCCCUAUCUUUUUGAUUUGAGAUAUGUGUUAACGUUGCAUUCAAUGUAAAAUUAAGUAAUCAAGCAUCAAGUAAAACGUUAUUGUACUAACAUUUGACAAGGGUGCAAAUAUCACAAAAAUACAGAAAAGAGAAAGUUUUAAUUCAAAUUUAGGAACUUUUACACACAUUUUUGUAGAAUUGGGACUGAAAACCAACCUCAUAGAACACCUAGAGUAAUUCCUGAAUAUUCUUUUAUAUUUGUGCAGUCAGUUAAGAUGUGAUUCCAUACAAACAAUUUCAAAUUUGUUUUUAAUGAAAUGAAGUUUUGCAGACAUUCCAAUUAAUAUUUCUUUGUCAUCACAUUCAUCAAAAUGGUCGUGCAUACUGUAUUCUAUAUUUUGUUUACUGUGUACAUGAUAAGAAUGCAUCUCUUGCCCUGAACUAUGAAUAAUUUUGAUGACACAAAAGGAAUUGUCAUUUCAAAACAAGGAACAAAACCAAUCAAGGCCUGUGUCUGUGGCGUGUGGAUUAUUUGUGUUUACAGUUUGUAUGUCUAUGUUGCCUUAUAAACAUAAUCCUGUUUCUCAAAACUUAUUUUAAAAACUGACCAGGUAGGAAGGAUUUUCUUUUAAACUUCAUUCAGUCAAUGGCUACUAAUCUAUGAAAGUAGACUUGAUUCUAAUGUGCCAUGUAAUUUUUGGGGCACCUUCCAUACAUUUCAAAAUAUGAAGACAUUGAUGCAAUACACAAGUGUCCUUGUCUCGGUUGUCCUGUAAAUGUCACGACACAAAAUCACAAUCUAAUCCUAAAAUUAAAUUUUGGGUUAAAACAUUUCUCCGUAACAGUGCAUAAUGAUAUGCUUAAAAAUAGAGUACAAAUUUAGAACAGGAAAGGCCAUGAGAAACAGGUUUAUCCCAACAGUCCUAACUAGGUACGUAUUAUAUUUAUCUUGCCUCCAUGACAAAAAGUUGAGAUCUGAUUAGUUCACGUGAUCUUGAUAAAAUACUCGAUAUCCCACUUGGGAGGGAAAGAGAUGUUUGAAGCGGAGAACAAUUCAGUAAUGUGCUGCCAUGAAGGAAACAGGCAGCAUAGGGGUUCCUGAGCAAGAGAACAAUCUUCUUUAUAUCAGAACCUAGUUCUUGCUGCUUUGACCUUUUGUACUUGUGCAGGAGGAUAACUCCUAAUGCCCACUACAAAGGGAACAGUUGCAUGCUGCUUAAGAGUCAUAAGAAAGUAAGAUGCUUUAUGGAUAACAACUUCUUUAUUACAUAUGAUGCGAUGUUUCAGUAUAGAUUCUUAUACCGUUGUCAAGCAAGAGUGAAGUACUGCAGCACAGAAUGGACUUAUGAGUCUGUGAAAGUCACAUGACACAGCACAACUUAACCGCAUCUCAACAUGUAUUUUUAUCAAUUUUCAACUUGUUUUAUUUCUUUUCAUAAAAACAGAUUAAGACAUGUUGGCAAGAUAAGUUCCUUGCAGCAGUAUUACUCAAUAACCAUGAGCCUGACACAAGUGGUAAAAGAACUAAUGAGUCAUGCAUAUUACCACAUGUACCUGUAGUGAUACCGUGACAAUCUAUGAGCAAAAUAUCCCCUAAAUAUGAUCGCAAAACUCAUAUUUGUAAUUGAUAACUAUGGCUGUGUCUGAUCUCAUUUAUGCAUUUCAGUGUGGAGUUGGUUGUGUAUCAUUAUUUAUGUGUAAUCAUUAGUACCAAAGUUGAUAUAUCCAAAAAGGUCCAUCUCUCAUAAACCGUCUUUGAAAAUAUCUGACUAGUGUACUCAGAUGAGUCCAUAUUUCUAAUCAAAAUAGUCAGGUCUUCCAACCAAUCAGAAAUCUCAUCUGAUAUUGCGCUUUAGAAAUCAAAGAGAAAGAGCUUCUGUGUUAUAUUGUAAACUACUAAUUCUAAUAUACAGUGGGGAAAAAAGAAUAUCUAAUGAAAAAAUGUAAAAGUGUAAAAUGUUUCAAGUCACAUCAUUCAACUUUGGGGAGACAGUCGGGUAUUCUAGUGGUUAAAGUGUUCGCUCAUUACGCCGUAAAACCAGGUUUUAUUCCCCACAUAUGUACAAUGUGUGAAGCCCAUUUCCGAUGUGCCCUAUUGUGAAAUUGCUGGAAUAGUGAACAGUGUAUGAAAUAAGGCCCGUCCGACAGCCCGAGACGGGCUAGAUUUCUGCCGGACAGUCUAAUUUUAAAGCUAGCCAGUCCGAUGAACCGGUGAAAAAAAAUAUUCAGAUAAUGUGUCCACUGGCACUGUCUAUUUAGUAUUUAAGAAGGAUUGGUUAAAUCUCUUCUGGGCUGGUAAGUUUUUGAAGUUACCAGCCCAGAUGUCUGGCUAGGUUUUUGGCUUAUUUCAUACACUGAAUAUUGUUAAAAGCUGGGUAACAUCUUACUCACUCAAUCUAAUUUGGAGAAUGGUAGUUUUUCAUGUUGGUUUAUGUGGAAUGGCUUGGAACAUUGCAAGAGUUGCAAUGACAUGUAUUUAUUACCUGAAUUUAAUAAUUCAUAAUAUCACAUAAUCAUGCACAUAAUUAGUUUUAGAUAUAUCUAGGCUUCUAUUGAAUUAUAUCCCAGGUCUUCUCUUGCAUAGCUCCUUGGCAUCGCUUACCUCCAUGAAGUCCAGUUUGGACUCAAGUGCCACCAGAUACAUUAACACUUUCGUGUUCAGUGAAGGAGGUUGUUACACCUAGUUAUAAGAUCAAAGUUUGGGAUAUUGAUGAUUAUGCCAUUCAAAGCAAAUUUAACUUGUCACACUUACGGUAAAGAGUUUAGCAUCUGACCAUUGGGUAGCAGACAUGGAUAGGUCAAUUAGAAAGAAACCUUUGUUUAUGAAUGGUACAGUUGAUGGUGCAAGACUAAUCUUUUAGUGAACAAACAAUCUAGAAUAGGCCAUAACUAUGUGUGUUAAUUGGAUUUGCUUUGAUCAAAUAUGAAAUAUGUGUGCCUAGUAUCUUGUUACUAUGAUUUGUUUUUGGUAUAAUAGUGCACAACCUGUGGAGUUAACCAAAGUGGGGUAGUAUAAGAUAACAAUGUUGUACAAUAUUCUGUUGUAACUACUUUGUUAAUAUUUUUGCAAUAAAAACAAUUUUGUUCUUGA